GGUGGGCAAUCGAACUAACCGCGUUAGGAGUCGAUGAAUAUGUGGAGCAUGAAGACCUACAAAAAUCUUUGUAGCUCGGGAAGCAGUAAAGACAUACUCAUCUUCCAAACAAUAAACCAAAUGUGUAAUGUUAACAAAUAUUCAUAUGUAGAUAUACGUUUACACUAAAAGAACAUCAAGACAAUAUUAGGCACGUUCAAAUAUAUAAUAAUUGAGCUAACCUCCUAGAAUAAAAAUCUAAAUGAAAAAUGAAUUCGGGUGCAUUUAUAGAAAUUUGACUAAUAUGUUUUCUGUAAAAGGACUCAUCUACAAAUUUGCUAAACACAUUUAUGAUCCUAAAUGUUUCUACUGUGUUCAACAAUCAAUACUUCUUUUAGAGUAAGCAAGAAUAUGGGUUUACCUUCAUCAUGUUCUAGAUAUAGUGAUGUUAAUGCCACCACUUGGCCAAACACUCCUGCUUCGGGAAGCAAGUUCUCAAAAGAAGCAAUCAUGGUAUCCCAGAAGACAACGAUAACAAAAGCUCCCCUGUUGGAUAUAAGAAAAUAUUAUUUUCGUUCUAAAUGGAAUUAGUAGGCUCAAAGUGAUUCAUAGGGCACAAAAAAUACAUACUCUAUCAGUUGGAGGCGAAUUCGUUUUCUUUGCAAUGGUAGUCCUAGAACGAUAACAUCGGUCUGGUUGCACAUAACUAUUCUACCAACCAAAUCUAAGUAUACCACAACCCAUCAGUACCUAAACUACUCAUUAGUAAAAAAACAAAUGGUAUUUCGAAUAUUAGGAGGAUAGUUACUAGGAAGAACUUGAGGAGUUGUCAAAACGAAUGGAAAGCCAUCAUAAGCCAGAAAAUGAAAACUCAAAGUGGGAAUGUCAUCAGUGUCUUCCCUUUUACGAAAAACCGUAUUGGCUCUAAACCCAAGUCGUAGGUGUCCAGGAGAAACACGAUGGCUGCUUGUAUUCUCUUCAACGACAAAAUGUGGUAUAAUAUAAAUGUAAUCUUCACGAAAGUACCCCAAGGAAUUGGUGUACAUGUUCUCCAUGAAUAAUUCCCUCAAUUUGAACACCCUGGGAAAGCAACGUAUGAAAUGAAUGAAUGUAAACAAAAGAAGAAACGAACCCGAAGAGAAGAACACCAACACUUACGUCUUUUUCAAGGAAAAGCAAAUUAAGAUGUUCAAAGGCGUUUCCCAAAGAUGACAUCUUCCCCCACAUCCGUAGUAGCCGUACCCGAACUGAACAAAAGUGUUCAUGGAUUUGAAGAUGGGAGACGGGAACAACAGGCAUUGCAUUCAUGUUUAGGAGAUUUCAGCGUGUUUAACGGUGGCGGAUGGUAUGGCAAAUGGGUAACUGUGGAGUAAAAACGUAGAUGACAGUGGGAGGGAAAUUGGAGUGGUGUUCGGGUGGUAUACUGCGUUGUGGAACGUGGGUAAUUUGUGGAGAAUCAAGAAUGGGGCAGUUGAACUUUGAAAAUGAGCUAAUGGGAGUGAUGGCACGGUAAGUGGGUUGCCUAAACGGAUUAGUACCAUACAUUCAAUUAGGCUUUUCUUACCAGGCCCAUUAGCCCACUUGUCUUAUCGGCCCAUCAACAUUUAUUCAUUUAUCCCAUUGUAAUGCAUCACCAAUCGGCCAUUUAUUGCAAACUGGAAAACACCACAACCAAAGGAAGAAGACGAAUCGUCUCACUUUUCCGUUCCCACACAGCCGAUCUUUUCUCCCCGACGAAGAAGUUGAGCGCCAUUUGCGCCUCUUGCAUGCACACCACUGCCAUUCCGUCAGGUAACACGGAGGUUGUGGUUCGGUUAGCCAACGGCGAUUUGGUCAAAGUAUCUGAGGGGUAGUGUGGCAGAAGGUCUAACACCGACAAACACAGUUGAAGCUUUCAGUCCGCACCUCCCGGCGAACAGUACCCACCGCUACAGGUUCUUUCCUUUACUUAAACCUCUGCAAACUAUGUGGACUGUGUCUUAGAAUGAGUACCAACUUUUAAAUUAACGAAUCCAACAUAUGAUUCAUUUCUAUGCAGGCUACGAUUACGAUCGAGAAAGAACUCCACCAGCGGUUACAUAUGUUGCAUGUAUUAAUCUAACGUCCUCCACAAGUACUUCCGAAAACAUAAUUUGAGAAAGGAAUCAGUGGUGUAGUUUAUGAACCAUGUAUGACGUACCACCAUGGAACACGUAAGUAUUGUUUGACCAACAAACACCUAACACAAUAGACUAUUAUGCUUAAUUUUUCAAGUUAUUUGCAUUUGUGACCGGUUAAAUUUAUAGGCGUUUUAUCGUUGCUCCUGCUUUCGUUGCAAAUCUGAGCUAUGAAGAAGCCGUAGCCAUAUCUCAUGUUGUUGAUACCGUGGAUCUUAUACUAUUGCAAGUGAAUGGUGAUAAUGAGGUGAUCCAAAUAAGCUUUUUGUUAUGCAUCGUUCUCCAUUAGUUAUAUAGUUAUAAUAUUUCAUAUUUGUUUUUUUUUUCUCAAAUAUAUUGAUUUUUAAUUAAAUGCCAGGGCACUUGUUACCUCUUAUCCGGACGUGUCACAGAAGUGAGGUCUUCUUAGAGUACAUUUGAUGCACUUAACUAUUGAGGAUCAAUUCAGUGAUGUUGAGGUGGUAUUCCCAUCGUCAUACUUACGAAGGAUAAUUGCAUAUAUAGUUAGUCACAAUGAUGCUGACAAUGCCGACUUUGAAACACUACUCAACUUGCUUGGUGCAAACAAUUAUGAGGUCAUGGUGACAAUCUGUCCUUGGAACAACAUGUUCAAUUAUUUUGAGCUGUUCUUCGUAAAGUUGUUCUUGCCUUUGGGCAAUUGAUUACCAUCUACGCAAUGUGAAUGUAAUCUAGUAAUGUUUCUAAGUAGUCCACUUGUAUAUCGUUUCUCCUAUCCUUUAAGAAUACUGUAAUUGUAAACGCAACACUCUUUUGCAAGUACUUUAUCGGUUUAGCGGUGUUCCAUAAAAAAUUGUAUGAAUGUCUUAUUGUUGAUAGUUUAUUUUCUUGUUGUAUGGAUGCAAUGAUAAUAGUCCAUGAACAUCGCUUUGUAUCAAAAUCAUAUUGAUGGAUAGCAUAGAGAUAGUAUGUGAAAAGGUGGACUAAUCCACAUGCUUAAUUACCCCACCCGCCACGCAUUGAAUUCAGAUGUUUGUUGAAUACAUGAGUCUCUGCUUCUGUCAUUUCAUGUUUAGGUUUUGCCUAAUCCAUAUCCUUAUUCGUGCUUCACAUUCUCUUCUCCUUUUCAGUGCCACAUUCUCGUUUAACACCAUUCACCAUCAGGUUACAUUUUGCUCGAUCCAUAAACACACAUUCUCAUGCAGAUGUAAUUGUUGAAUUAUGAAUGGGUUAAAGUUUUUUUUUAAUAAAGGGGAGGCAAAAACCAAGGUUACAAAGCAUGGCGGUGUUGGACAGUAAAACCCAUGAAAAAGAGCAGUGGGGCAAUAGCAGGAAAGAAUGCGGACCAACCUCUCAAAAACCAAUACCAAAGCAGGUGGCAUACACAAACACAACUCAACAAUCCAAGUUUAUGUUCUGCAGAACUCUCAGCUGUUAACUAACACCAACAAUGUCAUCUAACGAAACUAUAUCAAGCCCUCUAGAUGGACAAAACUCUAUAAUUAGUAAUACAUUAAGGUUAACAUAGAACUCGGUCACAUAGGGAAUAAGUUAAAGAUGAAAGA